AGGCAGAGGGAUCUCAGCUGAACCUGGUAGGCUCCGCUAAAGGCGGUGAACGCACCACACUGAUUAACCCCGACUGGAACUUUGAGCAGAUGGGCAUCGGUGGUUUGGACUCUGAGUUUACGGAUAUCUUCCGCCGAGCCUUUGCUUCACGCGUGUUUCCGCCAGAUCUCGUGAAGAAGCUGGGUAUCAUGCACGUGAAAGGCAUUCUGCUCUACGGACCUCCGGGCACAGGAAAGACGCUUAUGGCCCGACAGAUCGGAAAGAUGUUAAACGCCGUCGAACCUAAGAUUGUCAAUGGUCCCGAGAUUUUGGACAAAUACGUGGGACAGUCCGAGCAGAACAUACGAAAUUUGUUUAUGGAUGCCGAGGCUGAACAGGCGGCCAAGGGUGACUUCUCGCAGCUACACAUCAUCAUCUUCGAUGAGUUCGAUGCGAUUUGCAAACAGCGUGGCAACAGCGCCAGCUCAAGCGGCGUAGGCGACACUGUCGUCAAUCAGCUGCUCUCGAAGAUCGACGGAGUGGAUCAGCUCAACAACAUCCUGUUGAUCGGCAUGACCAAUCGUCGUGACCUCAUCGACGAGGCUCUGCUUCGUCCGGGCCGUUUGGAGGUGCAGAUGGAAAUCAAUCUGCCAGACGAACACGGGCGCUUCCAGAUCUUGCAGAUUCACACAGCCAAUAUGAAGGCCAAUGACAUGAUGGACACUACGGUUGACUUAGCCGAGCUGGCGGCCAUGUCUAAGAACUACAGCGGUGCUGAGAUAGCCGGUCUGGUGAAGUCUGCGUCUUCGUUCGCAUUCAACCGUCACAUUGACCCCAACAACCUGGGCAAGAUAGACGAGGCUGCCCUCAAAAAUCUCAAGAUCACUAUGGACGAUUUUGUGGGUGCGCUGGAUGAGGUUAAGCCGGCCUUCGGUGUGACGGAGGAUGUGUUUGCCGAGUGCGUGCGCAAUGGCGUUGUGGAGUGGUGUCCGCAGGUGCAACGCAUUCUGGACGACGGCAAGUUGCUGGUAGAUCAGGUCAAGAAUAGCCCCCGCACACCUCUGGUGUCUGUCUUGUUGGAAGGGCCCCCGGGCGUGGGGAAGACGGCGCUUGCGGCGACAAUGGCGAUCAGUUCCGACUAUCCGUUUGUGAAGCUCAUAGCACCCGAGUUGUAUGUGGGCAUGAGUGAGUCAGCAAAGUGCAACGCCAUCACGAAGGUCUUCGACGAUGCGUACAAGUCCCCGAUCGCCUGUAUAGUCAUUGAUAACAUUGAGCGGCUGUUGGGUAUGUUGGGUUAUAUGUGCAUCCACUGGUGGUACUGUGGGCCAUUACACCCACAACUCUGUCUGAGUGAUAUGUAA